AUGUCUAAAUUAAGCUUCCUCGCCUUCGCCGCUGUCUUGACUUUAGGUUACGGUUUCACUAUAAGAGACAUAUGGGACUAUUUAUUAGGAGGCGGCUACGGUAACGGCUAUCACGGCAACUAUCCCGGUUACUAUCCCGGCGGAUCCGGUCUUUAUCCUGGCGGAUACCCAGGACAAUAUCCCGGGGGCAACUACCCAGGAUAUCACCCAGGCUUAGAAGGUCCUCCCGGCGCUCAUCCCGGCUGCCCUCUCUGUGAUUCAUCAGUAUACAGCUACUGCUCUCACAAACAAGCUCAUGAUUCGUGCUGUUGUGAAAAUUCUGCUUUUUCUCUAUUCGGGUGUCGCAAUUCGGACUGUAAGUUCAUCUACGCUAACUCUUGUCAAGAAUACCAUCUGAUCACAAACUGUUGCUGCGUCGACUUACAGAAGAAUGCCAUCGCCCCGCCCAUAGUCGCUGCUGCACCCUAA